AUGUCUGGUCAUAUCUCAUCGGAGCAUUCUCGCUCUAAUUCACGAUCCUCUCACACUCCACGACCCUCGGGGGAAUCGACCCCUCGCCACUCCUUCGGUCGCACCUCCACCCCCAAUCCAAAUGUCUUCGCCGACGAAUACUCACUAGAAACCAUUGACUCCGACCGCAUCGAACGCCCCAACAGCCCUUCUUCCAUCGCAUCCUCCUCUACUCUUCGUGAAAACAACCAGUCAAGGACCACUAGCACGGCCCCGACCGAGAAUGAGAACCCUUUUGGCGAUGACGCUCGGGUGUCCUUCGAUGAACCUCAUCGGUCAAGUCUGCCCCAAAAGGGGUACGCUUUCGCCAACAACCGUAAUUCUACUUCCUCCCUCAACUCGACGCCUUCUAUGAUCCAGCGAAAUCAAAGUGUUUCUUCUCGUUUCUCGAUUCCCCGUGCUCUCAGCCCCUACACCGGAGCGACUGGACCCAGCCAUCCAUAUGGUAUGUAUCCACAAGUUGGGGUUAGCCGGUCGCCCAGCGUAGGUAGUACUUCGACGAUACGCCCAAUCGAACGUCCUCUUGAAGAAUCAACUGGUCCACAGCACCCCUACGCGAUGUACUCGCAGAAUGUGGUCGAGGAAGGAAUGGAUGAUGAUAUCAUCCCAGUCGGAUUUCCAGGCCACAACCCACCAUAUCAACCGCCCGCUGGUCGCCCGGCUGAUGAUGUGGGUGAUAUCAUUGGACCGGAUGGUCACGCAGAGCCGCUACCACCUUAUUCGCGAUAUCCAACUGGUGUCGUACCCAAACCUCCAGGGGCCGAGACGGCUGCCGAUCUCAACACACCGCCGGAAGAACAGCGACUCAACAAUGAAAGCCCAAGAGUGCCACCGGUUUCAGAAACCUCAUCAAGGGCUUUGGUGGCUGACCAUUCCGGCGAUGCGAACGAUGGUGGGAACGAGGAGGAAAGAGUCGCUGCGACCACAGGCAUCAUGGCCUUCGAAGAGAAGCUCAAACGCAAGGGGAAAAAGACCGCAUGCUGUGGCCUGCCAGUGUGGACGUUGGUCCUCAUUGCAACUGUUAUGCUCAUUGGAGGGUGUAUUGGAGGUGUCAUUGGUGACGCCGCAAAGAAAGAAGACCAAGAAGCUCAAAAAUCAAGUGGCUUGCCGAUUAUAACGGUCACUGCAACUCCCCAGAUGGAUGCGUCCUUGAUAUCUACCCCCACAAAUAUCAAAGAAAUCCCAACCGGCCACUUUAUGGUCCCUUCCGGUUAUCAGAAUGGAUCGGGACUUUGUGUGGACGAGUCGAACUACGGCAAAGCCUGGAAAUGCUUGCAAGCGCCUAGCAAAGUUGGCAUUUCUAUCGGCGAAUCCCAAGGUCACCAUUCCAUUGUUUUCGACCACGGUACUCCAACCCCGACGUUUACAUAUGGUGCCCAGGCGCCAUAUUGGUCUGCUUCACCUACACAAGCUUUGAGUAUGGCCAUUGAUACCACUGAUAUUGGCAUGGGCCCUGCUCUGUUCUUCCUUUCGCCGUUCGACAAGCUGGUUAUUGUCCCAGACGAUACAUUCUCUAACACCAUUUCCAAGCGCGCGUGGGUGGAAGACGGGUGGGCAAAUGCAAACGCCUACAAGAAUCUAAAGCAGACUGCAGAAGUCGGGGACAAGCCGUGGUUCUGUUGGUGGAAUAACACGAUGAUGGAGUUCUUCUUGUACGUUAACCAGUCGACGUCAUAUUCCUUGAGCGCCACCGCUUCCACCAACAGCAACAUGCCAGCGAGCACAGCUGGCUCAACCCUUGACUCCAAACGCGACGACUCCAUCCCCGAUUACCCACGGAGGAUCAAGAUGGAGGAGCGCCGAGACGACCCAUCACGCGAACCUCCCUACUGUCAGCAAAUGCAAAUUCGCAAAAACGGGGGUUUGGCGCUUCUCUCGGGCAACAUCAUCAACAUCAAAGAGAAUGAGCCCACACCGACCACUACCUACACCAAUUAUAAAGGUGGCACUGCCCAGACAUACACUGCCCAGGCAUCUUACGCCAGCCCGUGCUACUGUGUGUCUCUGACAGACUAG